AUCUGAUAAGAUUGUACUUAGAAAAAAAUAUCCUUACACAGUCACACUACAAUGAUAGCAGCAAGAUCUUCAUCUCUGUUUCUGGGUUGUCCUAAUAACUCCACCACUUGUUCUAAAUCAAAUUCUCCAUAUAAUUCUAACAUGUAUUCUCCAUCUAUUGUUAUUACUAAACCAACAAGCACAAUAUGUUGUUGUUCAAGAAACGACACCCAUGGCUACAUACCAAAGCUUCAACCUUUUAGCACCAGAACUAAGUUUGAUCGUGUUCUUCAAGACCCUCCCUUGAUUCAAAAAUCUGAAACUCAACUUGCAGAUUAUUGUUCAACACUUGAAGGGGAAAAUUCUUAUAGUUGCUGGCAAGCUUAUUUUGAACUCAAAGAUCUGGAAACCAAAGAGCCGAAAGAUGAGGUCGAGAAGGUGAUACUUGAAGCAGGGGGGAUGAAAUCGUUGAUCGGAUGUUUACAUGGGAUUUCUGCAAUUCACAAGGCCAAAAAAGCAGCUGCCAAUGAGUCGAACAAGGCAUCGCUAAAUGCAAAGAAACAAGUGGAAAACCAUUGUCCAGUGCCGGAUGGAUUGCCGAGAUCAGCUGAAGAAAUGGAGGAGGAAGAAAAAGCAAGAAUGCCGGAUUCACCAUUCACCAGGUUGCUCAGAAACAAAGGGAGAUUUCCGGCUUGGUACUCCCCUGCGCCUGAUCAUGAAACAGACUAGAUUAUGGAUCAUUAGAUUCCGCUCUCUUUUUUUCGGUUAGGAAAUUGGAUGAAUUUUACUCCUGUUGUCAGACUUAUUUUUUGAAUGCAAGUAAUGUCUACUUAUGUCUAAAUAAAUCUCUAGUUUUUGGGAAAUGAGUAGAGCCAAACAUGCUCGAAAUUUGGGAGUC